AUGGCCUCCAAGCAGAUGACGCAGAUGCUGCAUAUGAAUCAAGGACAAGGGGAAACUAGCUAUGCUCGCAACUCUAGUAUUCAGACAGCUGAGCAGAAGAGGAUGAAACCCCUAAUUGAAGCAGUCAUCGCUGAAUUAUGCAGUAGCACUAGCACCUUGGUGCCUGGUAAGAUGGUGAUCGUGGACAUGGGCUGCUCCACGGGCCCAAACGCGCUCACACUUGUAUCUAUUGCCGUCAAGGCGGUCCAAGAUCACUGUUUUCAGGUCCAACAACCACCACCGGAAGUGUGUUUGCUCCUGAACGAUCUCCCUAACAACGACUUCAACACGGUGGUCAAGAGCCUAGUCAUGCUUCGUCAAAGCAAUGAGCAUGUCGUCGUGACUGGUAUCACACCGGGGUCAUUUUAUGAGCGCCUCUAUACUAGUGGCUCUUUACAUCUUGUCUGCUCUUCGAACAGUUUGCAUUGGCUCUCAAAGGCUCCUGAAGAUCUAUUCAAGAAUCACAUCCCAGCAUAUGACAUGGACAAGGAUGCUAGGCGUCAAAGACACCGUAUAGUGCUUGAGGCUUAUGCAAAACAGUUUAGGAAAGAUUUCACCAAUUUCCUGAAGCUGAGAGCCAAAGAAUUGGUCUCAAAAGGCCGAAUGGUUGUUUCCCUGGUAGGGAGGCGUUCUGAUGUAACCGCCACCAAAUUCUCUUAUCUUUCAAGAACUAUAUCUCAGAUUCUAAGUGUCAUGGUCUCAGAGGGUGUGAUCGACAAAGAAACGUUUGAUUCUUUUUAUGUGCCAGUGUAUGAACCUUCUAGUAAAGAGGUGAGAGAGAUCAUUAAAGAAGAGGGCUCCUUUUCGAUCAGGGAGAUGCAGGUGCAUGACCCUACAACCGAUAUGAACAAUGCUCUCAGCACCCCAAGCAAGUUCGUCAAUCUCUUGAGAGCUUUAUGUGAGCCAAUAUUAGUCCAACAUUUUGGAGAUGUCAUGUAUGAAUUCGUGAGCACCGCGGAGCGUCACUGGAGCAUGGAGGGCAACUUGUUAGGUCCUUAUGCUAUGUUGGCCAUAUCCCUUGCAAAGGCAUGA